UAGAGGACUUAUACGCAGAGCAGGAGGUAGGUGGCAGGAGAUUUUAUUUGGACUCAAAAUGCUUUUAUAUCUAGGUAGAGAGAUCCAGUUACACGACUUAUUUGAGUACCUCUAAGGAGGUUAAGUAUUGUUACGAUUGCGAUUUCUUGAGUCAAAGGUAUCCUACAGUCUGAGUGUUGGCUCACAGACCGAUUUCUUCAGCUGUCAUCAUGCUGGGCCAUGCCAGAAACCAGCCUGCAAAACAAAUAGAGCUUUAAAGGCUUGCUCUCAGGCGUGACAAAUUGGGGGUGUGAAUGAUGCUAAACGGAGGAGACUGCAGAGUCCCACAGAAAGGGGUGGGGCUCCACUAGAUAAAGCUCGUCGCAGCGGGCCCGCCUGAAAUCUCUGCUGGACACGGAGAUGAAUUCUUUGUGGCCCUGGAUGUCCGGAGAUGUCUCCCAGGUCUUCCGCCUGGCUGCAGUGUUGUGCCUGACCUACGUGUUCCUGAAAGUGGCCCAGCUCUACAGGAAGAAGCAGGAGAUACACCGAGUGUUAAAGAACUUCCCUGGCCCUCCUGACCAUUGGCUGUAUGGGCACGUCAAAAUGCUUCACCCAGAGGAAGAACUAGACAACACUGAAUCCUGGGCACAAAAAUACCCACGCUGUCACCCAUUGUGGUUUGGAGGUUUCUUAGCAUUCUUGAAUAUCAACCAUCCAGAAUAUGCCAAAGCUAUAUACAGCAGAGCAGAUCCUAAGAGUUACGUGCCAUAUGUUUUCGCACUUCCAUGGCUUGGAGAAGGAUUGCUGCUUACAAGUGGAGCAAAGUGGUUCCGGCAACGGAAGCUGCUGACACCAGGCUUUCACUAUGAUGUCUUGAAGCCUUAUGUGAACCUGAUGGCAAACUCUGUCCGACAGAUGCUGGACAAAUGGGAACAGAUGGCCACACCGGGUAAGUCAGUGGAGAUCUUCCAGCCCGUCAGCUUGAUGACUCUGGACACCAUCAUGAAAUGCGCCUUCAGUCAUCAGGGCAACUGCCAGACAGACAGUGGCAGUGAAUAUAUCCGAGCAAUCUUCGAUCUCAGCGAUAUGAUAUACCUGAGGAUGCGGACACCCUUACAUCAGAACAGUCUCAUUUAUUGUUUUACUUCUCGAGGCCGUCGCUUCCGCCAGGCCUGCAAAAUAGCGCAUGACCAUACAGAUAAGGUGAUCGAAGAACGAAAGAAGGCCCUCAAAGAUGGGCUAGUGCUUGAGGAGAUCCAGAAGAAGAGACAUCUGGACUUCCUAGAUAUUCUUCUCUCUGCCAAGGAUGAAAAUGGAAAUGGAUUAUCCAAUGAGGAGCUACGUGCUCAGGUGGACACAUUCAUGUUUGAAGGUCAUGACACCACAGCCAGCGGGAUCUCCUGGCUCCUCUACUGCAUGGCUAUCCACCCUGAACACCAACAGAGAUGCAGGGAAGAGAUCCAAGCGAUCCUGGGAGACCGAGAGACUAUCCAAUGGGAGGACCUUGGGAAGAUGACUUAUACCACCAUGUGCAUCAAGGAGAGUCUUCGUAUUUACCCUCCUGUAGUGCUAGUUGGGCGGGAUCUCGGUGCACCUGUCACUUUUGAGGAUGGACAGACCUUACCAAAAGGGUUUCCAGUCAUACUGAGUAUUUAUGGUCUUCACAGAAACCCCACAGUAUGGGACAAUCCAAAGGUCUUUGACCCUUCGAGGUUUUCACCAGAGAACUCAUCUGGUCGCCAUCCCUAUGCUUUCCUGCCUUUUGCAGCUGGGCCCAGGAACUGCAUCGGGCAGCAGUUUGCCAUGAACGAGAUGAAAGUGGCUCUCGCCCUGACCCUGCUCCGCUUUGAGCUUUCAGCUGAUCCGAGCAAGCCCCCCAUCAAACUACCUCUGCUCAUCCUGCGGUCCAAGAAUGGGAUCCACCUGUACCUGAAGAAACUUAGCUGAGACACCAGCAGCCAGGGCAGGGGUGGGAUAUGUUACGGUGCUAAUCCUAAUGUUGGUUGAUAAAAGGUGCCAAAAUUUGAGCUGUGUAGGAACUGGAAUUUCUGGGAAGUAGGGAUUUAUAUGAUUAUAGGAUCAUAGGAAAGUAGAGGUAUAUGGGAGCUCAGAAAGCUAUCUAGUCCAGCUCCCUGCUCAAGUCAGGAUCAUCCCUGACUAAACCAGCCCAGCCAAGUAUCUGCCCAAUGUGCUCUCGAAAAUUUCCAAGGAUGGAGUUUCCACAAUUUCUCUAGGUGACCUGUGCCAACGCUUGACCGCCUUCAGAGUCAGAAAGCUCCUCUUAAUCUUCAACCUAAAUUUCCACAACUUGCAGCUUGAGGCCAUUACUCCUAAUCCUCUCCUCUGUGGCCACAGAGAAAAGCCCAUCUCCAUUGCCUCUCGAAUCACCCUUCAGAUAUUUGAGGACUGUGAUCAAAUCCCCACUCUGUCUUCCCAUCGUCAGCCUAAAUAACCCUCUACUUCUUUUAGCCUUUCGUCAUAAGUUUUGCUUCCCAGGCCCCUAAUUUUUCUUGUUGUUCUGCACUGGACUCCUGCAAUUUGAAAUUUGUUUUCUGUUCCAAUUUAUAAUGAAGAUUUUUAGAAAAAAAUGCAAUUUUCUGCAAAAUUUCAUUUCAAAACAGCAGCUCCUUUUCUUUUUUAAAGUCAGAGUUGGAGCAAUUUACUUUAAAUGUCCCAUUCCCUUAAGGCUAGAAAAAUUGAUCUGAAGAGGUGCUGCAGUAAAUGUCUUCCUUCGGGGUGUGAAAGGAGCGCUGUGCACUUCCGUCUGGGUCGUGCCCACAUUUCUUGCAUGCAAUGAAUAUAAUAGAAAGAUCUGCCUACUGGUAUUACUGGCACUAGAACCAUUUUACUGAGCAUUGGUAAGCCAUCAGUUUGAAUAUUGGAUGCAGUCCUAGACACCAGUGUUCAAAAAAGAUUAGCCUAAACUGAAAAAGGUACAAAGAAAGGCCACUAAGAUGGUUAAAGGAAUCAGUCUGUUUUGUUAAAUGAAACAGGCCAAGCUCUAUCUUCUUCCCUAAGAAAAGAUUUUGAUUCCUUUAACCUUUGGCACAAAGAAGGAAGACACCUCCUGCAACACCACUUCUCCUUCCAUAUUCACCCCAUGAGUACACCUGGAAAGGAUGAUCAUAAUGAAACAAGCCAAGCACUCUUGACCUUCUUUUCUAAGAAAAGAUCUUGAUCAUGCUUUACUACAUGAAAAACAACAUGGAUACAAGAUCAAAAGGCUAGAAACUGAGUACAGAUCAUUUUAGGUUGGAAAUGAGAAAAUUAUGUGGAGUUAUCGGUAAAGUGGAGUUUUGGAAUGGUCUUCCAAGCAAACAGGCAGGGCAAAGAAAUUAAAUCACUUCAAGAUGGAAGUGGAUGACCUAGGGGAAGGGUUGGUGUGAUAGGACAGGGGGUUCAACAAUUCAUGUGCUGAGUCAUAAGUUGGCAGUCCCCAGGCUGGGGCAUAAAGGUAGUGUGGAGCAUGUCUGGUAACCCCAUGCUUCAGGGCUUUUGCUCACUCACACUUGGUCUGUAACAGGAAGAAAUUAUUGCCCUCCACCCCAUGUCAUUGCAACUGGUUUUUGAAAGGUGGGGUGAGAGGGUAAAGCACUGGGACGUUGACCUCAGCUAAGGCUGGAAGUUUCUGACUGGGUUGCAUUGCAGCUUCUUCCAGGCCUUGGAAAACCCAGUGGUUUCUGGCUCGAGGGUCUUGCCUGCCUGCUCAGGGUCACAUUAAUUAUGCUAAAUAUGUGGUCAAGAGGGAUUUUUUUUACCUGUGUCAGGCUGGUGCAUACUAGUUGCCUUUCCCUGUAGCAUGGGGCAUGGUCUUCUUAGGAUCCUCUGUACACAUAGUACACAACUUUUUCCCUAUUAGUGCAGUGGCAGGGUAUUAAGUAUAAAUAUUAAGUAGGCCUCUUUCCCCCAAUUUUUUCCUAUGACAUGUUAUGGGAGUGGGGGUUGGGUAUCAUACUUGAGAGUGGCGUGUGAGAGCUUGAACCUGGGCUAUACUAGAUGCUCGAGAAGGCUUCUUCCAAAUCGAUGCUUUUCUAUGAUGAACAACACCAGGACACAAAUACAAUCAAAUACUGCACCUUUUGCUUGAUCUCCAUUCUUUAAUCCUUCCCUACCUUCCACAUCCACUGGGCAAUACAAAGAGGCUCCUGUAAGGUUUACCUGUUGUCCUGGUAUGCUCCGACUCAAUUAACGAGAACCCAAAGACCUGUUCACAUCCAAGAGUUAUACUGGCGUGACCGUGUUGAUUAGGGGUCUGCUAUUUUUUAAUGACCCAGUUUACUAGUAACACUUCCAGGGUGGACUCAGGUUUAUGAGCAUAAAGGUGCUCUCUCCUAGUGUAGAUUUUGCUCCCUCCACACCGCAAGAGAUACUGCGGCACAUGCUACCUGCCUGUCAAUCGAACUGUGUGCAGACUAGGAGGGGUGAUACCACCUUAUCAGCCCACUCUGGGCAAAGUAAAGAAACGUCCUAAUGGAGACAAGCCCCAAGUCACUGUGGAGCAGAAAUGUGUGUGGCAGCACCUGAAUUUCUAAUUCUCAGCAAACAAUAUGAUCCUUGAGAGAGAUCGCUCUUCUUUUCUCAUGAAAAAAUAAAGCACUGGACCAGGUUACCCAGAGCGGUGGUGGCAUCUCCAUCCUUGAAGGUUUUUAAGACCCGGGUAGACAAAGCCUUGACUGGGAUGAUGUAGCUGGGGCUGGUCCUGCUUGGAGCAGGGGUUGGACUAGACGUGACUCCUGAGGUCCCUUUAACCCUCAUCAUCUGUGAUCUUUGAACUAACUUUCAGUGGUUAAAACCUCUCAUUGGCUUGCUUUUAUCUGAGUUGCCUUGAGAUUUCACAGCGAUGCACACAUUAAACAGUGGCUAUUAACGCUUUCUCAAUACACGUUUAUCAGGACAAUGUGGUAGGAUGCAGCUGCCACCUCGUGGGCAGAAAUGGCAUAAGAGGAACAAAACACAGAAACCACAAACAAGCAGUAAAGCUUCCUUCUGGUUCAGCCUUCAGUCUGACCCAGGAGAUAUAUACACACACACACACACACACACACACACACACACACACACACACACACAAAUAUACACACACUAUACACAUGCAUACACACAGACACA